AUGGGUCGUGGUCGAAGUCGGAGUGAAAGUUCUAGCAAAAGUCGUAGUCGUAGCCGCAGUCAUAGUCGGAGUCCUAACAGUGGUCAUCGAGGCCGUAGUCACAGCAGACGACGUGGUCGUACAAGGAGCCAAAGCCAUCAUCAUGAUCGUCGAAGCAGGAGUCGUUCGAGUGAUCGCGAAAUGACGGAUUUACUGAAACUUUGUUGGAAACCGCUGAAAGAUGAUUCAAGAAAUUUUGAUGCAUGGACUCAUCUUCUGCAAUACAUCGAGCAACUUGAUGAAACCAAAGCGGCUCGUGAAGCAUACGAUGACUUCUUUAAGAGAUAUCCAUACUGUUACGGAUAUUGGAGGAAGUAUGCUGAAUUUGAACGUCGUCAUAAACACUACGAUCGUUGCAGUGAGGUUUAUGAACGUGGAGUCACAGCCAUACCACUGAGUGUUGAUCUGUGGCUUCAUUACAUUGCUUUCGUUAAAGAGAUCGUUCAACAUCAGGAGAAUGCAGUGCAGAAGACCAGACUAGUUUUUGAUCAUGCAAUUGAAGCAUGCGGUAUGGAAUUUCGUUCUGAUAAGCUAUGGGAUGAAUACAUUAACUGGGAGCUGAAUAAUGGUGAAACUAUACGAGUCGGAGCACUUUUUGAUCAGAUAUUAAGCAUACCAACUUUGCUUUAUAGUAAUCAUUUUGACAAAUAUAAGACCUUUGUGAAUUCAAACGAGCCUGAUCGAGUAGUAAGUCAGGAUGAAUACAGUGAAAUUUUUGCGAAAGUUGAAGCAGAUUUGCGUAAUGUGGUUGAUGGCGAUCUGUUUCUGUUAGAAGAUUAUGUCGAUGAUUCCCCACCAGAUUACAUCCCAGAAAAUGGCGAAGAACCACCGAAAAAGGUUUUCACGAGGCGCAAGCAUUGUGAAGAAGCACUACGUGUUUUACGUGCAGAAAUACUCGAACGACGGAAUAAAAAAUAUUUAUCAAAUGAACAGGAAGUUAGUCGACGUUGGGCAUUUGAAGAAAAUAUAAAACGACCAUAUUUCCAUGUAAAACCACUGGAACGCGCCCAAUUACGUAAUUGGCGUGCUUACCUUGACUUUGAAAUUGAGUGUGGUGAUAUCACACGUAUCAUAAUUCUCUUCGAAAGAUGUCUGAUCGCCUGUGCUUUGUAUGAAGAAAUGUGGAUUAAGUAUGCUCGUUACUUGGAGAGUAUCGGGGAAUCCAGCCGUGCCCGUAGUGUUUUUCGUCGAGCAACUGAAGUACACUUACCUCGCAAACCGAAUGUUCAUCUUGCCUACAGCGCCUUCGAAGAAAAAAAUGGUGAUUUUGAGAAAGCCAAUUCGAUUUUGGCAAAUUUUGAUCAUCGCUAUCCAGGAUAUGCUGUUAUUGCACUGCGUCGGAUUGGAAUUGAGCGGCGUUUUGCAAUGAGACAAACAGGAGAUAGGGAUUCUCCCGACUAUUCUUCUGUGAUUUCACGCUUUGAGCGUCUCAUACACGAUUCACGUACUCCACGUAAAUUGUCUGCAUUUUAUGCCCUGAAACUAGCAAGAUUUCAUGCCAAAACACGAAAUGAUCGCAAGCUUGCUGAAAAAAUCAUCAGAGAUGCAAUAAAUCGUGAUAAGAGCAAUCCACAACUCUACUUGGCGUUGGUUGACUUGGCCUAUACGGCACCAAUAUUCAAUGAACGAAGUGUGAUCGAAGCACUGAAUGAAGUUCUAGAAAGUGACCAGCUUUCCGAUGAAGAUAAAUUGCGUUUUUCACAGAGAAAGUUGGAUUUUUUGGAGGAUUUGGGAACAGACGUUGAAGCUCUCCAGAAACACCUCGAAUAUCACACGCAACUUCAAAAAAGUAUUGAGAAUGUUGCUGUGCCGAACAAAAGAGCAGCUGAUAUGAGAAGUUCUGGUGACCCACUUGACAAAAAGAUGCGAACAGUUGCGUGUUACUCGGCUUAUCCAGCUCACCAACAACAGCAGUACUAUGCAGGUGCAUCUAACACAGAUAACGGAGUGACAGCAGUAGGAGCAGCAUAUGCAGCAAUACCAGCAGCUACAGCUGGCCAGCAGCAACCACCGAUAUCCAAUACAACCCAGUACUAUUAUCCUGGACAGCAGCAACACCAACCAGCAAUAGUUCAACCGGUUCCUGUUUUAACAACGAUUCAGCCAAGUUAUGUUCAGCAGUAA